AAUUUAGUUAGAUCCACUCCGACCCCUUAUUUUGAAAUGUUUCCGCUCUACUUCCUCUUCUCGUUCUGUCUAACUUGGCUCCGAUUGGCCACUGAGAGAGUAGUUCAGGAGAGAGUCGCUGUAGGAGCCACAGAUCCUGUGACAGAGCCGUCCUGAGGAGAUCUGCAGAACCUGCAAACAUAUGAUCUGAGAAGGUCUGCCGUGUUCUGGUGUCAGGAUGCAGUUCUCAGUCAGGCCGAGCCUCUGCUUGCUGGGCUGUGUUCUCAUCACUCUGCUCCCUAACUCAGCACAAGGUCAAGUUUCAUCACCAAGGAGGUUUCGAGUAAAAAUCUUGAGUCCUACCAAGCUGGAUGUGUCCUGGAAGGAACCAAAAGGAGAAUUUGAAAGCUUCAAGGUCACGUACAGAAUGAACCCAGGUGGAAGUCAAAAGGUGGUUGAACUUUCAAAGCAGAAAACCAAUCUGCUUAUUGAAGAUUUCGAUUCCACUAAAGAGUACGUCUUCAAAAUCACCGCAGUCGGAGGAGGACAGGAGAGCAAACCUCUCCACGGCAAACUCAAAGCUCAGCGGUCUGUGGUUGAAUCCACUCAGUCCCAGCGAGGUCAGAGUGGCACCGUGACUCAGGAGAACAACGAGAUCUCAGAAGACAUGGAGGGAUUUAUGUGCAAGACUCCAGCCAUAGCAGACAUUGUGAUCCUGGUGGACGGCUCCUGGAGUAUCGGACGGAUCAACUUCAGGUUGGUCCGGACUUUCCUGGAAAACCUGGUCAGAGCUUUCUCCGUGGACUUUGACAAGACCAGGAUAGGUCUGGCUCAGUACAGCGGAGACCCCAGAAUCGAGUGGCAUCUGAACACUCACUCCUCCAAGGAAGCUGUGAUUGACGCUGUGAAGAACCUGCCGUAUAAAGGAGGAAACACACUGACAGGUCUGGCUCUGACCUUCAUCCUGGAAAACAGCUUCAAACCAGAGUCUGGGUCCCGGCCUGGCGUUCCCAAGAUUGGAAUACUGAUCACGGAUGGGAAGUCCCAGGAUGAUGUGAUUCCCCCGGCGCAGAGCCUGAAGGAUGCUGGGAUAGAACUUUUUGCCAUUGGUGUGAAAAACGCUGAUGAGAACGAGCUGAAGGCCAUCGCCUCUCCUCCAGAGGAAACUCACGUCUACAACGUGGCAGACUUCAGCGUGAUGAGCGACAUCGUAGAAGGUCUGACUAAAGGGGUCUGCGACCGAGUGGAUCAGCUCGACAAGCAGAUCAAAGGAGGAGGAGAACCUGCCCCUCCUCCCACCUCCUUAGCCCCCCCUCGCGACCUUGUGAUAUCUGAGAUAACGGCGCGCAGCUUCCGGUUGACAUGGACUCACGCUACGGGGCAGGUGGAGAAAUACCGAGUGGUGUACUACCCCGCCAGCGGAGGAAGACCAGAGGAAAAAGUGGUCCAGGGGGCUGACAACAGCGUGGAGCUGAACUACCUCAACUCUCUGACGGAGUACCAGGUGGCCGUGUUCGCCAUCUACCGCAGCUCCGCAAGCGAGGCCCUCCGAGGAAGCGCUACCACAUUGGCGUUGCCUACAGUCAACAACCUGGAGCUGCUGGAUAUCACCCACAGCACCAUGAGAGUGGUCUGGAGGGCCGCCGCCGGGGCUACGGGGUACAUGAUCCUGUACGCCCCGCUGACCGAAGGAGAGUCUGCAGAUGAGAAGGAGGUGAAAGUGGCAGACUCUGUGAAUGAAGUGGAGCUGGAGGGACUGACGCCCGAUACAGAAUACACUGUGACAGUUUAUGCCAUGUAUGGCGAGGAGGCCAGUGACCCCAUGACCAGCCAGGAAACCACAUUGCCGCUGAUCCCAGCAAGAAACCUGCGUUUCUCUGAAGUGGACCACAGCUCUGCCCGCCUCACCUGGGAAUCUGCCUCCAGGUUGGUCAGGGGUUACCGCAUCAUGUAUGUCAAGACCAACGGGGUGCAGACCACAGAGGUGGAUGUUGGCAAAGUGACGACCUAUAUACUGAGGAACCUGACCUCCCUGACGGAGUACACUGUUGGUGUGUUUGCCGUCUAUGAUGAAGGAGAAGCUGAAGCUGUGACCGAGAGCUUCACAACAAAGGUUGUCCCCGACCCGCUGGAUCUGAGGAGCAGCGACAUCACCACAGAGAGCUUCAGGGUGUCAUGGCGACACGCCGCAACUGAUGUGAUUCUGUAUCGGAUCACCUGGACUCCGACAGAUGGAGGGGACAGUAAAGAUUUUAUGGUGGACGGCAACGUGAACACCUAUGUGAUCAGAGGAUUAAGCCCGGACUCAGAGUAUGAAGUCCUCGUGGCGGCCAUCUAUGCAAAUGAGCGCGAGAGCGAUGAGGUCAUCCUUGUGGAGACCACGGCUAAGAGAACAACUACCAUUGCCACAACUACCACAACACCAAGUCCUCGACUCGGAGUGAGGAACAUGAAGAUUGAUGAUGAAACCACGUUCAGCUUGCGGGUGUCCUGGCAGCCAGUCGACGCCAGAAACGUCCGACAGUAUCGACUGAGCUACAUCAGCAUGCGGGGAGACCGGGCGACGGAGACGAGAACAAUCCCGUCCGCUCAGAACAGCAUCAUCCUGCAGCCGCUCCUGUCGGACACAGAGUACAAAAUCACCCUCACACCGGUCUACCCUGAGGGAGACGGACCGAUGGCCUCCCAAGUGGGACGAACCCUUCCUCUCACGGCUCCUAAGAACCUCCGGGUUUCGGAAGAAUGGUACAACCGCUUCAGGAUCAGCUGGGACGUCCCGCCUUCGCCCACCAUGGGGUACAGGGUUGUGUACCAGCCUCUUUCUGCGCCUGGACCGGCUCUGGAGACGUUUGUUGGGGAAGACGUGAACACCAUGCUGAUCGUCAACCUGCUGAGCGGGACGGAGUACAGCGUCAAAGUCAUCGCCUCCUACACCACAGGAUCCAGCGAAGCCCUCUCAGGCAGAGCAAAGACCUUGUACCUGGGCGUGACUAACCUGAGCACAUACCAGGUGAGGAUGACCAGUGUGUGCGCUCAGUGGCAGACCCAUAGACACGCCAGCGCCUACAGAGUGGUCAUCCAGCCACUGCUCGGUAGUCAGAAGCAGGAAAACCGGCUGAGUGGAGGAUCCAGCCGACACUGUUUCAACAACCUAAAGCCCAACACGGAGUAUAAGAUCAGUGUUUACGCUCAGCUGCAGGACGGGACGGAAGGACCUGCCGCCACCGCCACUGUGAAGACAUUACCAGUCCCGACCCAGGCGCCGACCAAGCCCCCCUCCACCACGCCGUUACCCACAAUCCCCUCUGCGAAGGAAGUCUGCAGAGCAGCCAAAGCUGACUUGGUCUUCCUGGUUGAUGGAUCCUGGAGUAUUGGAGACGACAACUUUCUGAAGAUCAUUCGGUUCCUGUACAGCACCGUCGGAGCUCUGGACCGGAUCGGACCAGAUGGGACACAGGUGGCCAUUGCCCAGUUCAGCGACGACGCUCGCACCGAGUUCAAGCUGAACUCGUACACCGAUAAGGAGCGCCUGCUGGACGCCAUCAACAAAAUCUCCUACAAAGGUGGAAACACCAAGACGGGCCGAGCCAUCCAGCAUGUGAAGGAGAACAUCUUCACCGCAGAGGGAGGAGUCAGGAGGGGCAUCCCCAACGUGCUCGUCGUCCUCACUGACGGGCGAUCUCAAGACGAUGUCAACAAAGUGUCCAAAGAAAUGCAGAUGGAAGGCUACAUUGUGUUUGCAAUUGGCUUCGCUGACGCCGACUACGGCGAGCUGGUGAGCAUCGCCAGUAAACCCAGCGACAGACACGUCUUCUUUGUGGACGACUUGGACGCCUUCCAGAAGAUCGAAGAGAAGCUGGUGACCUUUGUGUGCGAGGCCGCCACAGCCACUUGUCCUUCUGUACCCAUGAGUGGCAGCACAACUCCAGGUUUCCGCAUGAUGGAGCUGUUCGGUCUUGUUGAGGACCGCUACAACAGCAUCUAUGGUGUUUCCAUGGUACCGGGAACCUUUAAUGCUUUCCCUUCUUUCCACCUGCACAGUAACGCUCUGCUGGCUCAGCCAACCAGGUUCAUCCAUCCAGAGGGGCUUCCGUCAGACUACACCAUCUCACUGCUGUUCAGACUGCUGCACGACACUCCAGAGGAGCCCUUCGCCCUCUGGGAGAUCCUCAACAAAGAUAACGAUCCCUUGGCUGGAGUCAUUCUGGACAAUGGAGGAAAAACUUUAACUUUUUUUAACAACGACUACAAAGGGGUUUUCCAGACGGUCACUUUUGAGGGACCAGAGAUCAAAAAGCUUUUCUUUGGCAGCUUCCACAAGCUUCAUGUCGCAAUUAGCAAGACAAGUGCCAAAGUGUUUGUGGACUGCAAGAUGGUGGCGGAGAAAGCCAUCAAUGCAGCAGGAAACAUCACCACAGACGGACUGGAGGUUCUGGGCAGGAUGGUCCGCUCCAGAGCCAACAAGGACAACUCUGCACCGUUUCAGCUGCAGAACUUUGACAUCGUCUGCAGCACAUCCUGGGCCAGCAGAGAUAAGUGCUGUGAACUUCCUGGUCUGAGGAAGGAGGUAGAGUGUCCGGCCUUGCCCAAAGCCUGUACCUGCACACAGGACAGUAAAGGCCCCCCCGGCCCUCCUGGAGUACCAGGCGGUCCUGGAAUCAGAGGAGCCCGAGGCGACCGCGGAGAGCCAGGUCCUGUGGGUCCUGCUGGUGCUGUCGGGGAUAUGGGCGCCCAAGGACCCCAAGGACCUCCGGGGCCUCAGGGACCCAGUGGACGCUCCAUUAUCGGACCCCCAGGCGCCCCAGGAGAGAGAGGCCAGAAAGGGGAUCCAGGACAACAAGGGCAACAAGGAAUUCCUGGAAGACCUGGAGGACCAGGAAGGGAAGGACCUCCAGGACCCAGAGGACUUGUGGGUAAAGAUGGACCACAAGGAAGACCAGGCCCCCCAGGAUCUAUGGGAACUCCAGGAGCUCCAGGAUCUCCAGGAAGUACAGGUCCUCCUGGAAAACAGGGAGAACUGGGACCGCCGGGUUCCCCUGGAAGCAAAGGAGAGAAAGGUGACCGGGGAGACGUUCAAUCAACAGCAUCAGUUCAGGCCAUCGCCAGGCAGGUGUGUGAGCAGCUGAUCCAAAGUCACAUGGCUCGUUACAACACCAUCCUGAACCAGGUGCCCAGUCCUCCUGUGUCCAUCCGCACGGUACCUGGACCCCCAGGAGAGCCUGGCCGACAAGGCUCCCCAGGGCCCCAAGGUGAACAGGGUCCACCCGGUAGACCAGGAUUCCCCGGACAGAACGGUCAGAAUGGAAAUCCAGGAGAAAGAGGACAACCAGGAGAAAAGGGUGAGAAGGGAUCUCAAGGUGUUGGAGUCCAAGGCCCAAGAGGAGCUCCAGGAUCUCCUGGUGCUCCGGGACAAGGCAGACCCGGCAAUCAGGGUCCAACGGGGCGACCUGGAAACCCCGGAGCUCCUGGUCGGCCUGGAGUCCCCGGUCCAGUGGGACCCCCAGGACCUCCCGGAUACUGUGACCAGAACUCCUGUGUGGGCUACAACGUUGGAGAGGGUGAGGAUGUGACUGACCGCGGCGCUGUCUCCGCAGUCCAACUGCCGCCCAACGUCUUCCAAAACUACGGCGAGGUCGAGGAGGACGACCCGUACCGCUACUACCAACCCAACUACCCGGCGCCGCAGCCCGUGUCGCCGGACGACCCCUCGGUGGGCCACGGCGACAUCGAGCUCAGGUCCCCCGGCGUUUACCGCAGUUCUCGGAGCGUGGGGGAGAAAGUCGGGCCCAAGAGGAGACUAAAGAGCAGAGCUAAAGAGCUUCCGGGACUAACUAACUGAGAGGGAAGGGCGGGAAGACGGAGGACGGAGGAGGGCUUGCUGUUUCCGACUGGACGGCUCCGAGCCGCUAAGAACUUCUCAACAAGUGCCUGAUGUAUAGGAUUUCUUACGGACGCUGUCGAGGAAACGGAUCGGGUCUGAGGCCGGGACCACUUUAGCUGUUCAAUCAAGAAAAUCAAUCUUUUAUGCUAUUUAUUCACAUUAUCAAUAUCAACGUUCCGCUGAUGGAGGCUCUUCUUCCUCUCUGGGUUCUCUUCAUCUCUUCCCAAAAUCACAUGUUUGUACCUCUUUGAAGCUCAGUACACUUUUAUUCAUUUAUCCUCAGUUUAUUUUUAACGUUUUUAAGAUUUAUUUUUCUGUUGAAGGUCCCAUAUUGACCAUUUCCUUUGGUCUCAUGCUUGAAUACUUCUGUUUUCUUUAGCCACUAACAGUAAAAAAAGGAAAAUAUUCUGUUCAAGUUUCAUCUCCUCGUUUUGAAGGUUUUGUAACUGUAGAUUCUCUUUUAUUUUCUGCAGAAUCACAUUUAAUGUGACCUUAUUUCAGAAGGAGCAUGUUUGCUUUUUUGUUUUAUUUUAGCAGUAAUGUUUAUAUGUUAAUAUGUUUUGCUUCCUUUAAGUUCAGUCGGCAGACUCUGUGUCCACUGAUGGUAAAGGAUGUAAAUUCAUAAAGCAAAAAAAAGCUAAUUUAAUGGUUUCAUAGACAAAAAUCUUGUUUUUUUCUUGUCCUUUUUCUCCAUCUUUUAUAAAUGUGUCACUUAUAUAAUUUGGACAAAAGAAAUUUACCAUCUUUUAUUUUGUUCUGAUGGUUUUGAUUUAAUUUAUGUAUUUGAUUCGAUCCAUUUGUUUACAGCAGUUAUAAAAUGUCACCGUUCUGGAAGAAUUUACCUGUACUCAACCCUGGACAUAUUUGACGGAGUGAAUAAAGUGAGCCAACAUUUUUAAAA